UUGACCACAAAACAACGCCAGACUGCACCGAUUAAAGUACAGUGGCUGAGACAGGGAAAGCUCAGUAGCGACUCAAGGGUGUUGAACGAUUUCAGAAGCCUGUCCCUACUGUAAUUAUGUCCGAGAUGGAGCAGACGCGUUUGGACUUUUCGUCCACUGGUAGUUCACCUUCUGUUCGCCGUACUGUUACCUACAAGGCAUCCGACCUGGCUAUGUCCUCCAAAGCAGGUGAUAUCACGAUGCAACACAUCUCUGAGGCAAAGGGUUACCUCAAUGAGUUUGAGCAAAUGUACCGUAAACACCGCGCUGAAAUUGAUAGCCUCAAGCGGGAACAUACAAGCGAGGUUCAAACGCUGAGGUUAGAUAUCGAAAACCUAAAGCGCCAGAAAAGGCAGUUAGAAGAACAGUUGGCAGAGAGCAAGAGUGAUAGGAAUAGGCUCAAUGAAGAACUCGUAGGUGUCAGGAAACGGCUUUUGAGCAGAGAGACUGAGCUGGAGGCACUCAAACGCGAGCUGUCGUCCAAGAACAACAGCAUUUUGUCCCUAAAGGCUGAUAAGUUAGCUUUGCAGAGGGAACUGGAGACGCUGAAGUCAGAGAUGGUCGUCAGCCAGUCCGUCACCACCGUUCAAGAAUCGGCUCCUAUGGAGGAAGAAUUCUUCAAGACGCAGAUUACGGAGUACGAGGCCACCCUGAAGAGCUCCGCAGAUGAGAAAGAAGGUCUGCAGGAAGAGAUCUUGACCCUUCAGACAAAGCUUGCCAAGUUGCAAGGUGAUUACGAUAGAGCGAUUCUCGACUUGGCAGCCACGAAGAAGGACUGUGACCUCAGGGUUAAAAAGUUUGAAGUUCAACUGCAAAAUUCUCAGAAACAGCGAGAUGAUCUUAAAAGGCAGCUGGAAAAGUUACGUGACGAUCUAAAGAAGAGCAGAGAGGCCUUGUCGAGUGCACAGACGGAGGCAGUGAACAACAAGAGGGUUGCCGACAGACUUCGGGAUGAGGCAGAGGGAAAAAACAGGCAAAUCCGCAACCUGGAACAGAAGAAUGCCUCUCUUGAAGACCAAAUUGAGCAACUCAAGCAAGAGCUAUCUCAGAGCGAGAUGAGUGCCGAGGUUGAAGCAAAACGCGCAAAGGACCUCGAGAACGAACUUCGCUCAUCGGAGAGGCGGGUUGCUGAGCAGGAGGCCUCCAUUGAAAGCCUACGAAGCACCAACGAAGAUCUCCAGCGCGAGCUUGCUAUUAGUAACAGUAGGGUGUCGACGCUUGAGAGUCAAAAUGGUAAGAUGUCAACCCGAGUCAGGGAACUGGAGAAUGAAUUGGUCCGUUGCCGUGCUCGCAUUCAUGACCUGGAGAGCGAAUUUGAAAGCGUCAACACCAAGUGUGUUCAGCUCCAGUCAUCAUACGAUUCUUCCGUGAGUGAGGUUGACGGACUAAGAUCCAGGGUAGGAGGUCACCAGAGCAAGGUGAAUGAGUUGGAGUCCCGCCACUCAGUAACUUCCAAAGAAAGAGACGACCUCAAGUUACGUAUAGCUCCUUUGGAGAAGACGCUCGCUGAACUGAGAUUGACUCUGGAAAGGAGUGAAAAUACAUGUGACGGACUUGAGCGAGAGAUUGACAUGUUGAAGGCUAAAAACUCAAACCUAGAAACACAGCUUGCCUCAGCCAACAAACUGAAGACUCAGCUAAGGGCAGAUUUGGACGCAGAGAAGGACAAGAGCAAUCAGCUUAGAAGAGAGAUUACUGCUCUGCAAACCCAGCUGGGAGAAGCGCAACGUAACCUCGACAAGUUCAAAAAUGACAAUGUAAGGAAGCAAAAAGUCAUUGAUGACUUAAGGGACACAAUCCGAGCACUUGAAGCAAAGAUUCACGCGCAAGAAAAUGACGUCAAGCAACUUGAAGUGCAAAAAGAGAUGCUUGAAGAUGAAAAGAGAGACAUGCACGAUGAGCUCUUGGAUAAUAAUAGGAAACUUGCCGAGCGCGAGGAGAAUCUUAAGCAAGCCCAAGACAUGUUAGAUAACGUUGAAAGUGAACUCAUCGACUCACAGAAGACUAACGAGAAAUUGGAAAACGCCUUAGAGAACACCGAAAAAGAAAAGAGAGACUUUGAGAAUCGAGUUCUCCAACUCCAGCAGAACCUGACACGCGUAGAAGCAGAACUUCGUGAUGCCCUCAGUAAGAAAGCUGUCCUCGAAGAAGAUGCUAAACAACACAGUGCCGUUGUUUCCAAACUUAAUGACGAGGUAGAUCGUCUUAAAGGGCUCCUUGCUGAAGCACAACGUCAAAUUGAUGCUUACCGCAGAGAGAGUGACAACAAAGAUGCUACCAUCACGACCUUGAAAUCUCAGAUCAGUGAUCUGGACAAAGAAAAUGAUGAUUUAAGGGCGGAGCUUUCUAAAGUGAAAACGCAGCUUGCUGCAGUGCAAGAGGAGAAGAGGAAACUUCAGAUUGAAUACAAUUCAAAGGACGAAGAAAUCAACCGACUGACCGGAGAAAUCGACAUUACGGUCAAACGAAAUGAAGAGUUACAGAGCGAAUGUAUCGUGGUGGCCGACAAAGUGCAAACUGUCGAGUCCAGUUACCAAGACUUUAUGAGUUUGGCUGGCGAACAAGAUGGUUUGCUUGAGGGAGAAAAAGAAAAGAACGCACAGCUGAAAAAGGAAAACGAAUCCGUGAAGCUGAAGAUUACAUUGCUAGAGAAGAAGGAUCGUUCGAAAGAAGUUGAUCAACUGAGGGCGGACCUCGAUGCUGCCAAUGAAGAAAUUGCUAAGUUGCAGGAUCGUAUUCAGCAACUAACAGGCGAGAAAGAUGACCUAUCCCGUGACAUCCUCGUAGUCCAAAGUAACCUUUCGCAGAAGGAGAAUGAUCUCGAAGCAGCCGAGAAGGACAAAGAGAAAGCCGAAGAUGAUGUGCACAUAGCUCAAGGAAAGAUUGACAGCCUAGAAAGUCAACUGGCCGCGCUACGCAAGCAGAAAGGUCAACUGAAAGACAACUUGAAGGACGCUAACAACAAGAUCAUCAAAGCUAAAGAGGAAAGUAAUGACCUUCAAGCUAAAGUGAGCCAACAGGAGAAGAUCAUUGAGGGUUUGAAAAACGCAAACGCCAAGAAGGACAACAUCAUUCGCGAACUUAAUGACAAAAAAAUUAAGAAGUUGCAAAAUGAAUUGGCUGAUGCUAAGAGAGAAGUGACUGCCGCCAACCUAACUGCCGAGGGCCUUAGAUCUGACAAGAAGGAUCUAGAGCGCAAACUGGCUGAUCAAAUUAAGCGUUACGAGGCGUUAGUGAGUGAGAUUAAAGAUCUCAAGGCACAGAGAAAUUCUAUGGAAACCGACCUCAGUAAUAAGACGCAUAAGCUGGCUCUCAUUGAAUCUCAACUGAACAGCAUUAAAAAGGAGCGAGAUAACAUGAAGGAGGAAGUCAAAGACCUUAAGGACCGUUUGAAGAACCGCAACGAGGAAAAUCUGUCCUUGCAAACAGAGCUCCGUCACCUAGAAAAGGAGUUAGAAUACAAGAUCAAAGAUAAUCAAGACAAAGAUGCUGUUAUCGAGCGCCUGAAAGCAGCGAAAGCUGUAGUUGACGAAGACCUCCUUAACUUGAAGAAAGAACUGAUGAAAACUCAAAACCUCCUUGAUGUUGCUGAAAACAAGACCAAAGCUUUGGAAAACAGCCAGAGGCAAACCAACCUCAGCAUGAACAAGCUAGAGGUAACCAUUCAAAACUUAAAUAGGGAGCGAGAGGAAAGAGAUCGGGUCGGUUCCAGCCACGACAGCCAAUAUAUUGAAAUUGAUACUCUGUACAAGGCCUCUCAAGACCGCGAGAAUAGGACGAAGCGAGAACUCCAAGCUGUUAAAGCACGUUUGGAAAAGGUGGAGACAGACUAUCACAAAAUCCAACAAGAAAGCGUAGAUCGUCGGGCUAAACUUAACGCCUUAGAAAAGAAAGUCCGUGACUUACUAGCUGCGAACGACCGCAAGGACAAAGAGAAGCAGGCCAUCCGGUCAGAUCUGGAAGCUGCUUCCAACCAAGUGGCAGAUCUUGAAGUAGCAUAUGACAAUGAGGCCAAAGAGAAGGACUCAUUCAAGAAGCAGCUAGAUGACGCUCUAGAAAAGCUAGCAAAGGCGAGAAAGCAGAAUCUCGAACUCGAACAGGCAAUCGUUGAAAACAAGAUACAGCUUGAAGAAGCUGAAAAAGAAAUGAUGGAGAAGGAUAACGCUAUCAAGAACUUAGGAAGUAGCAAAGAAUUCUUGGAAGGUCAACUUGAUGCUGCGAAGUCCGGUCUAGAGAAAGCUCAACAAGAAAUCGAUGACCUGAAAUCUGAAGCUGCCUCUAAACAGAACGAAAUCCUGGAAUUGCACAACAAGAUUAAUGAGUUGGAGGCUCGGAUAGUGAAACUUACAGGUGAGAGAGACAGAGCUCUCGAUGAUACCGCGAUCAAUGCCGACAAAAUUGCCAAUCUAGAACAGCAAAUAAGAGAGUUGGUCAGCGAGAGGACAAAGCUUUCAGAAAGGAUAGAAGAUUUAAAGAAAGAGAUUAAUACCCUAAGGGAGGAGCGAAUGGAGGUCGACAAGCAGCUCACUGACCUGCAGGGCAAUAUCAGCUUCUUAACAAGAGAGGUCGAGAACAGGGACAAAGUCAUUGCUGACUUAAGGAAUAAGGAAGAGCUCCAAGAAAAGGAGAUUGACAAUCUUAGGAAAAAUCUGCGCCGCCUGGAAAGUGAAAAUGAAUCAGCCCUCCAGAAAAUCAGUCAACUGGAGAAAGCAUACGAGUCUUCUACUCAAAAAACGAUAAUGAUCGAGAGCAAGAGUGAUAGCCACCGUGACAAGGCUAAGCGGCUCGAUGAAGAAAAUGUUUCCUUGAAGCGAAAAAUCGCAGAAUUGGAAAUAACUUACAACGUCAACGAAGAGAAAUGCCAAGAACUGCAAGAUAAACUCCUUCGAGCCCAAGAAACAAUUGGAAAUCUGGAGUCUGCACCACCUAUGGAGUCUUCGAUAGUGGUGGAAACAGAAAGAAGCAUACAAACAGCACCAGGAGACGGAAUCGAGAUUCAAUUUCUGAAGGGGGAUUUGGAGAAUUUGAAAGAUAAAAAUGCCCAGCUAGAGAAAAAACUGCAACAGGCAACAGACUCGGAAUCGAAUCUAAAAGCGCAAAUGGCUAAGCAAGACAAGACUUUGAAGGAUAACGAGGAUACGAUUUUGGACCUCGAAAGACGCAUUCAGGAGCUUACCAUUCGCCUUAAGAAAACUGAUGAGACAGACGCUCCUGGGAUUGUUUCUUCUUUACGCAAUCAAAAAGACACCUUGGAACGCGAUAAUGAAAGAAUGAAGAAGGAGCUUGAAGCUGUCAAAGCAAGUCAGGUGGAUACCCAAAAACGUCGCGCCUACGUUGAGAACCAGCUUCAUCAAAUUCAGAGGAAGUUAAACGAGGUUGAGUUUAAGUUCAAUAUGGCUAAUACUCAAAAUGAAAAUCUCCACCAGGAGCUGUUAAGAGCACAAGAGAAGAACCGCGCUAUCGAAGCUGAACGAGAUUCUGCAUUGCAAGAGCAGGCCAACCUUCGCGGCGAUUUACAGGAGACAAAGGAGCGUUUGAAAAGAGCCAAAGUUGAGCAAGACAACUUAACAAUGCAGAAACGCGACCUUACAGGGGAGAUGCAGGCUGUGAAGUGUGAUCGAGACGAUAAAGAGAGUACGAUCAACUGGCAUAUCGGCAACGAACGCCAGCUAAAGGAUGAAAUAGCCUCGUUGAAGAGAAAACUGGACAACAUGAGAGACGCAAAUGAUAAACUUAGCCACACUGUGGACAACUUGAACGCCCAGAAACAAGAGAAAGAGGAAAAAAUUGCUGACCUCGAGCACCACAUGACUCUCCUUCGGGAUGCGGAAGAAAAACUGCGAAAAGAUUUGAGCACUGCAAAUACUAAUGCGGCAGACUUUAAAAAGAAGUACUUCAACGCACUCAAAGACAUUGAAAGGUUGCAAACUGAACUCAACACGAAGAUUCAGAGGAUAGGAUCUCUCGAGAAUCGCAUCAAGUCUCUGGAAAAUGCCAAAAGUACGUUGCGAAAUGAAAUCACUGUUCACAAAAGCACGAUUUCCGAUCAGAAAGUUAAACUUGAAGCUUCUCGCCGAUCCGACCGCAUUCCUACAGAGAUAACCGUAAAGAAGGUCGUUGGUUCUAGCCUUCAGUCAGCUCCAGACAUGUUCCAGUUCAAAGAUGACUCCGUGCCAAGUAAGAAAUACAAAGACCUAGAAACAUCAUACAAGAAAGUUCUUAGAGAGAAAGAAGAUGGAGAGAAAGAUGCUACAACGUUGAAAAACAGGCUUGCCAAGCUACAGAGUGAACUUGACGAAACCAACAGGGUCAAAAACGCAGUCGAAGGCGAUUCCAUGUGGAAAGCUAAAAGAAUAGGCCAACUAGAUAGCGAGCUGAACGAUCUACAAUCUAAGGACAUGGUUGAUUCUGAUGAGGCUCUGGGAUGGAAGAACAAGAUACCUCAUUUGGAGCAGGAAGUACAGGCAGCUAACAACAAGAUAGUCCGUCUCGAAGCCGAGAUUGAAACUUAUGAAAAAAUGAUCAAAGACUACAGUGAUGACUUGAUUAAAGCAAAAGAGAGAGUGGCCCAGCUGGAGUCUAAACUUGAAGGCGACCAGGAAAAAAUUGAAGAGCAGCGUAAGGAGUUGAUGGAGGCUUAUAAGAAGGAAGCAGACCUUGAGGCAGCCCCAAAAUCCUAUCAUAAUAGCAAGUCUGAACUCAAUGGUGUGAUAAUGACCUUGCGCGAUAAGAUCGGAGUUCUGGAAAAUGAACUCCAGAAAGAAGCCAAGCAGCAUGCUCAUAUGAGAGGCACUCAUGACCAACUGAAGAUAAGGGAAGAUGACCUCAAGCGUAAAAUUGCAAAGCUGCAGAAGCAAUUGCGAGAAGGACAGCAGCAAUACGACUCGCAGAUUCAUGAUUGGUCAGAGAGAAAGUACACCAUUGAUGGUCUUAAAAAAGAAAAUGCCGAUUACAUAGCCACAGUGGAAAAGCUGAGGCGAGAAUUGGGCAUGUAUAAGAAUGACCUGGACAACAUGGCAAUAGAGAAGCGUGAACUGCAGAAUGAGUUGAACGAAUUAACACCCAAGAUGGAACAAAUCGAAUCUCGAUUGCAUAAAGCUUUUGAGGACAGGACCAGAUUCCAAAUCGAGCUGGACGAUACCAAGAGGGCUCUGGACGAGGUUGGUAGACGCGAGCCUGAGGCGGUGAUUCGUCAAGUAUCUGGUGGUGGGUUAGAAGCAGGCGUAGACAUGUUCCCUGAAUUGACCAAUGAUCUUGAAUCGACCAAGAAAGAACGCGAUCGCCUUGCCAGUGAUGUUUCCUCCUGGCAGAACAAGCACGACACCUUACAGAACAACUACGACAACUUAUACGCCGACAAGAAGCACCUUGAGGAAAAACUGGAUAGCAUGCAGAAAACCAUGAACCAACUUGAUCACAACAAUCAGACCCUCACUUCAGACAAGAAUAGACAGACCGUUGAACUGGAAUCAGCCAAACGUAAAAUUGCUGAUUUGCUGUCCGAGCUGGAUGACGCGAAACGCGACAAGGAUGCUAUGAAGGUGGAGUAUGAGAUAAUUCAGAAGAAGAUCACGAAGUUCGAAGCUGAGUAUGAAAUCCACAUCAAACACCGCCACGAUUAUGAUGACUACGGCGCUUAUGCCAAGCUAGAGGAAGCCUACAAACGCAGCCAGGAAAGGGAAAACGAAGUGCAAAAAGAGCUCUUGGUCUGUUAUAAGACUAUCGGAGAUUUAAAACACCAGUUAGAAAACGCCCACGAGACCAUUGAGAGGCUGACGGUUACUUACAACACUGAAACUAUCAGGAGUGCGACUCUACGAGAGGAGGUUGUAAGUUACCAGAGACGACUCUCGGAGUUGGAAGAGAAAUUUGAGAUCAACCGAGGAGCUAAUGAAGACAUGGAGAAUGAGUUGACCGUGUUACAGCAGCGAAUGGAAGAGCUAAGUCGCGAGAACUCUUCCAUUCAGGAGUCGAAGGCUCUGGUACUUGUUGAGGUUACCAACCAGCGCAACAAGAUCGCGCGCCUUGAACAGCAGCUAGAAGAUUGUGAGGGUGAAAAGAAGAGCCUCCGCCUUCAGUUGACAGCCAUGCACAGCAAAGGUGAUGCCGAAGCACAUGAAAUCAGCAAGCAGAUUUCUCAGCUGUCGGAGCAAAGUCUAACAUUCCAACGUGAAAAGGAGAAUCUAGAAAGGAGGCUCUCUCAGAAGCAUGCGGAAACCAUUUCGCUGCAGCGCGAAAAUGACGCUCUGAAGUCACAAGAGUACAGCUCGUCCACUCAAAAGCAAAUCGAAUCUUUCUUCGAGAUGAGCGGUGAUGCAGACUUCGGACCAUCGGCCGAGUCGACCACAUUUGAGUUCGACAAUGAAGAUUUCGAGGGAGGAGGAACAACUGUCACAACCCGUACUGUUAAGGUUAAGAGCUCCAAGAAAGCAAGAUCCUAAAGAAACGAAGAACAUUUUUUUUUUUAACAAAACAGCACAUAGGGAUGUAGAUUUUGCUAUCGAAGUAAUUUAUAUAGACGUGUUAAUUAUUAUUUUCUCUCGGAAAUUUACAAAGUAAAUUUCAUCGUUGUUUUCGUUUUAUUUCUAUAAGCAGCUUGCAUUUUGGUACUUCGUCGGGCUUGAUUUCUUUCAUAAUGCACCCCGAUCGAUGGUUAAAAACUUUCUUUGAGAGCCGUAAUUUUCAUCUAACGUUGACGUUUUAUGGUGUCAUUGCAUGAAACAGUGCAAUACAUCUACUUGUAGGUGGAGGACGUUUUGCGUUUAAGCUCAAUGCUGCUAUCAUUAUCGUUAUUAAAGUUACGGCUUAGAAGCCUUUCGUUUAUUUUCUUUAAGAAAAAAAUAACUGCAUCUCUAGGUUUUUUGCCUAUGCAAGGAAAACUGUGUAGCAAGUCGCAUUAGACUACUAAGACAGAGCUGAUACUUAGUCAUUGUAGGAGUACUUCACGUUUUAUUGUAGAGAAUUUGAAGGAUAUUGUUGCCAACAAAAUAAGAAAUAGUGUUAAAUCUCUCUGAAUCUUUCAUUUUUUAAUUUUUCAUAGCUGGAUUUUUAUGUAUUUGAAUAAGCGCCUCCCCCGGAUAAGCGUCGCGCCUGUUUUUAUGAAUGCCACGGCACUUAAUCGAACUAAUACGGUAUUCGGGUGGAGAACAAAAAAACCUUCAACUUUAUAGUUAACGUGUCUGGGUGUAAUAGGUGUUUUUAAGCAAUAAUAAAUGCAUUUUAAAUCA